GAGCAGCAUUUAAAUCUGCGUAGGACAGUCCACCCUUCUACACAGCACAGAUUUCAGACACAGAGAAUAUCUACGUACCAUCAUGGAGGUCUCUCUCUACUCAAACAUUAUCUUAAUGAUCUCAAUGAUCGGCUUUGCUGCAGAAUCUGGAGGUGUCCCAAUCUGGUCUUCAAAGCAACAAGUUACAGCCGGUGAAGGGGGCACUGCCGUCCUGUCUUGCCACUUCUCACCUGAAAAGUUGAUGGAUAAUCUCACAGUGGUUUGGGUGAAGAGAACAGCAGGAGCGGAGGAUGCUGUGGUACAUGCCCAGGGCUCGCAGAAAACAUUUCACAAUCAGAGUGCAGCUUAUUCAAACAGGACUGCAAUGGACAAGGACUGGUUCCAGCGCAACGAUACUACUCUGAACGUGCACAGGAUUAGAGCGAUGGAUGCUGGGGAGUACAGCUGCUGGAUAUUACAGCCUCCACCAAGUCUAUUAACUGCCUACAAAUGCUGCACGGUCAGACUGUCUGUGGAGUGGAAAGAUGACCUGAAGCAACUUAUUGUGGCCUGGAGCCUUUACCUCCUUUCCAUCGCUCUCUGCAUUUUCUUCCUGAAUAGUUGCAGACGGCAGAAAGCAGCCCCUGAUAGGAUCCAUGAACCACCUGCAGAUCUGCCAGCUUGCUACAGUAUAUGUUCUAUAAUCAAAAGAAAGUGUGAUGCGGCCGCGGCCGUAGUAACGAGCGGCUUUGAAGGGAUUAAAGUCGGCAUCCCAGGUGUUCUAGGGCAGUGGAGGGGUUAAAGGGAACCGGUCACCAUGAAAAUGCAAUGUGAGCUACAGGCAUGGUGUUAUAGAACAGGAGGAGCUGAGCAGAUUGAUAUUUAGUGGGAAAUAAUUCAGUAUAAUUGUA